CAGCAGCAACAGCAGCAGCAGUCCCCCAUGUCACCGGACUCCAGGCCCGAUCUGAUGAACGCCUAUAGGAGCCCCCAGCUGAGCCCUCGCAGCGUGUCGCCGCUGCCGUUCAUCCAGACUGGCUACCGGAGCCCGAGCUCGCUGGACGGCUUCCCAUCGGCGCCGCCGUCGCCCGUCGGGCCGCCCUCGCCGGCCGGCAACAACGGCUUCUACAUGUCGCCGCAGACGCAGCAGAUGCAGAAGCAGUUCGAGCAGUUCAGCGUGGGCAUGUGUCCGGGCGGCGCGCCGGCCACGCAGCAGACGAUGCUGGGCUCGGCCGGGCCGUCGCAGCGCACUACGCCGCAGACGCCCACAAACAGCAUACCGGAGAUCACGCUGUCCGACUUCUCGUCGUCGUCGUCGGCGGCGUUUCAGCUGCAGGAGCUGCCACGCGACCUGCGCGACGCCAGCGACCUGCUGCAGGGUCACGAGGACGACUUCAGGGAGGCAGAGGCGCUGGGGGAGCUGGACCUGGACGGGCUGCACAUGCUCACCAACCAGGAGGAGGAGGUGAUCGACCCCAGCGCCGAGCACUGCUUCCGUAUGGAGUCGCUGGGCCAGUAGGCGAUGCUGCGAGCGGAGCUCCGCGUCCGCAUAUCAGGCGUGUCGAGGCCGUCCCGCCGCCGCCGCCCCGCCGGCAGGCUGCCCGCCGCGGCCGCCGCCGCCGGCCGGGCGCUCGGCAGGGGCGAGGCCAGUGGCGGGAGGCCGGCGCCGCUCGCGUGUCCGCGUCUCUGUGUGUGAUUCUUCGGCGGGACGCCAGGUCGGCCGCCGCGUCGUGAGGUUCGAGUCCGUGCCGGAGUGGGCCGGCCCCUCGUCUGCCCGCGCGCCGGCCGUCCCGCCGUGGUUGGCGGCCGGCGCCGAAGCUGGCGCGUCGGCCGGAGUGUCCGCCCGUUGUGGCCGCGGGCUUGGUGUCGCCGCCGGCGCGGGGUGGCUCUGAGGCCGCCGGGGCGUCGCGGCCCACCCGGCAGUGCUCAUCCUUGCGGGUCUUCUGGCUGUGGCCAAGCUUGGUGUUGUCAACGUGUGCCCUGCGCCGGCAGCGCCGCUCUUACGCGUGCGCUGUACAUGCGCCAGACGUAAUCUGCAUGUUAAUCACACCCCGCGCCAAUAGCCAAUGCGGUCCCGAGGCGUCUCCACUGCACAGGCUCCCGCGUACGCUUGGCAUGCCGCCAACAUAUUUUGCUACAGUUCAACGUGUACACGCACGCACAUUGGCGUACAAGGGAUGUGCUGUCAGCCGACCCGCUGGUCGUGUCUCGGUCGUGUGCGGCGCUUCCCUCCCGCUGCGCAUGGGUCCACACUGCCGGCUCGCCGGCCGCCGUGUGGGCGCGAGCCGCCGGCCGCGUGCCGGUCCGGUGUGGGGUGGGGAACGGUGGCUGAGCGGCUGCCGCCGCCGGCGGACAGCUGGCUCCUGGGCGUCGGGCGGGAUUCGGCCGUGUGGGCGCCGGCCAGGCCUGGGCGGGGAAGGCUUGCUGAGGCGGAAAUGAGCAGG